AUGCCCUCUCCGACUUCUGAAGGUAGCUCUUCCUCUCUUCCGCUUACCGAUCCUUCCUCCUCCAGUCAAGCAGCAGGACCCUCUCGUCCCCUACAUUCCUUCUUUGGUGGAUCUAACGCACCUUCAACGUCAACGUCCACCUCACAAGCUGCUACUUCCACUGCUACCGCACCGCCCAGGAAGAAGAGGAAGAAGGACGAAAAUCAAGCUAGACUUGCUUUGGGUGGUGCUGAGAAUGGGUCGAAUUGGGUGAUGGGCAAGCCGCCCCCCAAAUUAGCACAGGAAACUAAGAAAGCUAAUGGGAGGAAGAAGGUUGACCUGGUUGAAGAAGAAGAAGAGAUCAAGGCCAUGAAUCAGAAGAUUAAUGGAAAGGCAAAAGGAAAAGGAAGAGGAAGGGGGAAACGGAAAUCUGACAUCAAUCACGAGCCUACAAUAGAUAAUGAUGAUGAUGAUGACAACGAAGAUCUGAUCGAUCCUUCUCUUAAGCCUCCAGAACUGGAUGAGGUGAUAUCCACCUCACCGCCGAAGAAGAAAGGUAGACCACGUAAAUCUCAAAUAGCAAAUAGUUCUUCAAUCGACUAUCCUUCCUCUACCGAAGCUGGAAUUUCUAUACAGUCUCUUCAAAAACCUAGACCUUCAAUAGAGUAUGAAGUUAUUGGAGAAUCGAUUAAUUCAAAUCCAAGUCUGAAUCCACAUGCUAAAUCAUCACAUCCAUUCUUUAUGAAACCGCCAAUAACAGGAACACAUAUCAACGACGCUAUCGUUAUUGAUCAACAUUCUUCACCUGAGAGACCUAUACUAAUAGACACGAAAUCACCUUUGAAAAUUGUGCCGAAGAAGAUAGAAUUCGCAGCUGAUAAAAAGACACAGCACUCUUUCUUCUCUCGUUUAACCUCAAAUGAGAAUUCUACUAGUGGAAGUAUAGCGGGAGAUGGGAAUGGAAAUAGGUCAAGAGCUAGUUCUAUCAGUUCUGAGAAUGCAGUUGGAACAGUCGCGGUAUCAGAUGGAAUGAAAAGAAGCGAAAAAGACAAAGACAAGGAUAAAAAGAAAGUGCAUGGAUUUUUCAAAUCGGCUUCUACUGCUGAAGGUGUAUUGAAGAAUGGCUGGGGACGAAAUAUCAAAGAGGGAGAAGAAUGGUUAACACCUUUUCCUAGAAGAGAUUGGCCAAAUCAUCUUCGAAUAUCUGAAACGAGCAUGAAAUUCAAAUUCGAUUACAAUAAACCUGGACCAAGUAAAAGGAAGAAAGUUCAGUUACCUGAAAUCGCAGACGAUGGAUUUUGGUAUUCCAUCCUUGAAGAUGCCAAUGACAUGCCGAUCAAAUCCGCCAAGUACGAAGUAGAGAGAUUUUCGUUAUUUCCAUGUAUGGGCAAACAUCCGGCCUUCACAUCUAUAUCUUCCAAAUCCUUGUCUAAAUCAAAUCGAGAUUCAUGGAUAGACCGAUAUAAACCACUCAAAGCAUCUGAAGUUCUCUCAAACGAGAUCGAAGCUACCUAUCUGAGAGAUUGGCUAACGAGCCUUUCUGUUGGACAUCACGAGAAUGGUGGGAGAAAAGUAGUGAGAAAGGUCAAAAGGGGAAAGUUGAAAUCGGGUUUAGUAGAUGGGUGGAUCGUUGAUGAUAUAGGCGGGUUUGGAGCUUCAUUGGUUGAUCAAGAGCAGGAAGAAGAAGAAGAAGAAGAAAUUGAACUUGACGAAUUAGAUGAUCCUUGCAUAUCUCCUGAUUUCGACAAACGACCCGAUUUUUAUCCAUCACUUAAAGGGAGAUUGACAAAUACAAUCUUACUUACUGGACCUAAUGGUUCAGGUAAAACAGCAGCUAUUUAUGCGGCAGCUCAUGAGUUAGGUUGGGACGUCUUUGAAGUUUUCCCUGGGAUGGGUAAAAGAACGGGUGGUAAUCUAAUGUCGUGGGUAGGUGAUGUAGGUAGAAAUCAUAUGGUUGCUCAAAAAGAUACAGAACCACUUAUCAAAAAAGAAGAUUCGAAGAAAAGUGGAUUGAAAUCGUUUUUUGGGAAAGGGAAAAUUCAGUCUAAGAAAGAAAAUAAUAUCGAAUUAGGAAGUCAAGGUUCACAAAAUGAACCUAUAGAUAUCGACAUGGACGAACCGGAAGUUGUCGCAGGGAACAAUUCGACACUGAACAGGGGUCAACAAGAAGAAUUGGAUACAGAUGAUAUACAGAUUCUGACCAACGCAACAGGAGCGGGAGUAGGAACAGAUGGAAAAGUUCGACAAAGUUUGAUCCUCAUCGAUGAAGCGGAUAUACUUUUCGAUGAAGAGAGUACUUUCUGGCCUGCGGUCAUCUCCCUGAUAGCUGAAUCGAGGAGGCCAGUCAUCCUGACUUGUAAUGAUCAUAAUCUGAUACCAAAAUUACAACUGCCUUUACAGGCCAUUCUACAAUGCCGUCCACCACCUUCGUUUAUCGCUCUACCUUACCUUCAGAAUAUAGCUGCCCAAGAAGCUAAAAACUCGAACAGACCAAUCCCUGAUAUUGUAAAGAUAUACGAAGAAUCAGUUCAUGCCAAAGAAGAUGUAUUGGAUAAGCCAUUGCCGCCUAAUGGUAAUGAAAAGAUACCUUAUUUCGACUUGAGAAAAGCCAUCAGUCAAUUACAGCUAGAUCGGGAUGGGUCAUCUGACACCCAGAUCCCUAGCGAGCAAGUGGAAAUUUCUGUUACAGACGAUCUCGAUGGUAUAGUCCAGAAACUUGAGGUCUCUUCUCAAGUUGAUGCUUGGGUAGAUUCACGAGAAUGGAUGACACUGGAGGUUCUUGAAGUAGAUCGUCACGUCCCUACAAACGAUGAUGCACUUGGUAUACAUGCCUUGAUCAAGUCUGAAAUCAGAGAAUCGUAUCCGACCCUGGCAGGUCACGAUUAUUCAUCUCGUAUCGCCAAUACUUUGGUCUCAUCAGUAGGCGGACGGGUUCUUAGCAAGGGAGAUUUGAGCGUAAGAAGAACUAAGUAUAUUCGGUCAACGUUACCACUGCUCGAUCCUUUGAUACCACUUGCUUCCCCACUCUUACCUCAUCGAUCAUUGUUUCUUCACACCCUUCCGACCAUAAUAGGAAUAAUAGAGGUAGACGAUAUCUUACAAUCCGUAGAGGAAGAAGCAACGAGAAGAGGAGAAGAAAGAAUUAAUAGGAAGACCGGUAGACCGCUUAGAGGUGGUCAAGGUUAUACGAGAUGGUUAACUGAUUUAGAUGAGGAAGCUGAACAAGCAGGAAGAAGUCUAGCGAGGGAAUUGAAGUGGACUGAACAAUGGCCAUAG